ACAUGACAGAACCCGGAAGCAGGUGCAGGUAGAGAAGGGGGCGUUUGGAGCAUCGAUACCGACCCAGGAAACAGCACGGAAACAGCAAGGAUAACGGAACGGGAACUAAAGGCGACACCCUGCAAGAUCUGCAUUACUUUCUGCUUGAAGCAUGGGUGCCAUCAAGAUCUCUCCGGAUUAUAAUUGGUUCCGAAGCACUGUUCCUUUAAAGAAGAUCAUUGUUGAUGAUGAUGAUACCAAAGUGUGGUCUCUGUAUGAUGCUGGCCCUCGUACAGUACGUUGUCCAAUUAUAUUUCUGCCCCCAGUGAGUGGCACAGCUGACGUGUUCUUCCACCAAAUACUGGCAUUGACUGCAUGGGGUUACAGAGUUAUCACUUUACAGUAUCCGAUUUACUGGGACCUCCUAGAGUUUUGUGAUGGGUUCCGCAAGCUUCUGGACGACCUACACUUGGAUAAGGUACAUCUGUUUGGUGCCUCUCUGGGGGGAUUCCUCGCUCAGAAGUUUGCAGAAUACACUCACAAAUCUCCACGAGUCCAGUCCCUCAUUUUAUGCAACUCUUUCAGCGAUACUUCAAUCUUCAACCAGACCUGGACAGCAAACAGCUUUUGGCUAAUGCCUGCAUUCAUGCUAAAGAAGAUUGUUUUGGGGAAUUUUGCAUCUGGUCCUGUAGACCCAGUCAUGGCUGACGCAAUAGAUUUCAUGGUUGAUAGGCUUGAGAGUUUGAAUCAGAGCGAGCUGGCCGCCCGUCUCACCCUCAAUUGCCAAAAUUCCUAUGUGGAACCACACAAGAUUCGGGACCUUGCAGUUACCAUCAUGGAUGUUUUUGACCAGAGUGCUCUGUCCACGGAUGCCAAGGAGGAAAUGUACAAACUGUACCCCAAUGCAAGAAGAGCCCACAUGAAAACUGGAGGAAACUUCCCGUACUUAUGUCGGAGUGCAGAGGUCAAUCUCUAUGUACAGAUUCACUUGCGACAGUUUCACGGCACCAGAUAUGCAGCAAUAGAUCCAUCGAUGGUGAGUGCUGAAGAGCUUGAGGUGCAGAAAGGAUGCUCUGCACCCAGCACAGAGACAGAGGAGAGCUAAACUUUGUCCCAACUAUCACAUCGGAGCCACCAGACCCAAUAAUCUCCUUCUCUGCUGGCAGACAGGUUACUUCAAUCAUUCCUGUGCUGAACUGUAAAAAUUGGGAGACUUAAAGCUGGAGUAUACUCAAUAAAACUAAAAUCUAGGGCUAUUCCCCCCCGUUUGAUCACACAUCUUCUGGAAGCCAUUGGAAAGUUCUGGUACUCUGUAGGAAUAAUCUUCAUUCUACUUCCACUUCACAUGGGUGAUUCUGUCAGCAUCUGAUAAGCUGGCUUCCAUGAGGUUACAGCCAAUCUAUUUCCAAGUUCCUGGAGGGACAACCUGUUUUUCCCCCUUAUUCCUGGAGAAGACUUUGAGUCAUGUUUUUUUGUAUCCAUGAUGCUGUUGCUAUCCAAAAAGAUAGACACUAAGACUUUCAGGUUCUUUUAGUCAACCUGACUGACCAGUGAAUGGUUUCAUAUCUUUAGACAAGUUUAUUGCCUUUAUUGGUGACUACAGGCACUGAAGUUUUAUAGAUUAUGCUGUCACUGACACAUUCUCCAAUGUUCAUUUUGUCUUAAGUGUACUUUUUUGGAAUCCAGGGUCCAUAUUAGCAGCUUAACAGGUCUACCAUAGCAUGCUCUAAAACUUGCUCCAGAUCACCUUCUGCAAGAUUAGCUCCUUGUGUAUUGGAUAAUUAACUGAGCUGCCAGAAGCUACACCGAGGUUUAAAUGUCACCAGUUUUGGAAGGUUCUGAAAAUCAAUCUAAGGAUGUAAAUCUAAUGCAUUCUCUCCACUCCUCGGUGACCCAUACUGAGCCAGUGACCUUUUUUUGUGAGUGUUGCUGGCUGUGAAGCAUGGACACGUUGAAGUCCAUAAAUUAUUUAGAAUAUUCUACACAAGAAGAAUGUUGGUUGUUCUGGUUUUGAAUAUGAAUGAAAUUCCAAAUAUAUAUCUUCAGUGAGGUUCUCUCUUUUGGGCUAUUGAGGCAGCUGUAGCUAUUAGCUAUACAUGAUGCUCAGCCAACCUUUAGCCAUUACGAAUGUAUUAUUCUGUUCCAACAGCUGUUUCUGAAAUAAUUCCCAGAAUAAAAAAAAAAAAAAAAAAGCAUUGUCUUGAUGCCGAAGAUUUAGUCCGCAUACAAGAUUGAAGUUACUGACAUUUAACACCUGUUGUCACUGUUGCAUGUUAAAGAUGGACUAUCAAAAGUAUUUUCCUUAAAAUCCAUGCAGAUUGAGUGCCUUAUUGAUUUUUAUGUCCAGGUGUAUAUAGUGUAUGUGAAAUGUACUGUAAUUUGUUGCUUAUGUAAUUUUUUGUUUCGUUUCAAAGUGCCAAGUUAGAAAUCCUGUCCUUUAAAGAUCUCCCUGAUUAUCAGUAUUAGGGUUUGUAAUAUCCUAUUGUAUUCUGCAAAACUGUCAGUUUAUUGUUUAAUAUUUCCAUAUGCUGAAUUCUUUAAUAGUUUUGAAUAAAACUGGGAUUGCAUCAGAAA